AUGACAUUGUCCAACUUAUCACUAUACACCGUGACGGCUCUCCUCAUACUCGACACAGAGGGUCAAAGGGUAUUAGCGAAGUACUAUAACCCACCACAUCAAAGUACACCUUCGACCGGGAUAGUAAAUGAUCUGGGGGUCGGUCAGGGUGGUCCAGGGAUGGGAGGCUUGAUAAGUUUGAAAGAGCAGAAGGCAUUUGAGAAGAGUGUAUUUGAGAAGAUCCGAAGGGGUGGUGGCGAGAUACAUCCCCUCCCUCCUCACCUCAUCAUAACCCGCACCAUCGUCGACCUGCACUUCAUCAUCGUCGGUCCUCUCUCGAGCAGCAACGAAUUGAUGUUGAACCAGACUCUCAGCGCAUUCACCGAUAGUGUACAUCUGUUAUUGAGAGGUCAGAUCGAGAAGAGGAAUGUACUGGAGGGAUUGGAUCUGGUGCUUUUAGCUGCGGAUGAGACAGUUGAUGAUGGGAUCAUCCUCGAAACGGACGCAGCGGCAAUCGCAGCCAGAGUCUCAAGACCUAAAGCGGAUACGACUGAUAUAGUCAUCAAUGAACAAACCUUGUUGAAUGCUUAUACUUCGUUUCGAGAUAAAGUCUCUCAAAGGAUCCAGCAGUUAUAG